AGAUAUAGCUGCUGUUAGUCAUAGAAGAUACAGCUGUUAGUCAGAUAUAGCUGUAUAGCUGUUAGUUAGUCAGAUAUAGCUGCUGUUAGUCAUAGAAGAUACAGCUGUUAGUCAGAUAUAGCUGUUAGUCAUAAUAAUACGGCUGUUAGUCACAAUAUUAGGCUUGUAUUAUGGAACAAUAUGAUAUUUAAUGGAAGGUACUCUCACAAGGAGAGGGACAGCAAGAUUGACAGCAAUUUUGACAUGGUAUCGGAGCAAGGAUUCUGAACUACUUUGCUCUCUGAUUCUUUGGUUUUCUUGGCCUUUUCUUGUGUUCAACAGCUCUUUGAUUUUCAGAUCUGCUGUGAUUUGUUUUCUUGGUACUCUUGGUUCUUUGGUUUUCUGGUUUUCUGGGUGCUGGCAUAAUUCCAAGCUUGCGUUAUUCUUGUGUUGUCAAAUCAUUGUUUCAUCAUGUCUACAAGCAACAAUGAUUCGUUCAAUAUUCGAUUCACUGCCCCUACAGAUCCUACAAAGUUGGCUUCUUGGAAUGUCAAAAAUGCUCGUGUGAUGACAUGGAUGUUAGGGUCGGUUGAUCCUCU